AUGGCGCCAGUGUCGGAUAGCAGUUACUUCCCCUCGCUGGAGGAGUGCUUGUCCGGGGAGCGCGUGCUUCUCUCCUGGAGGCACAUAUCGACCGCGCUUUCGGACCAAUCCGGCCAGCGACAGACGUGCCCAGCUGUUACAAGGUUCCUCGCCGACGACCAUGUCCAUUCAUUGCUCAGAGACCCUUCGGCCGUGUUUGCGCCGCCCAACGAAGCUGCCAAAAAGGACUUUGACACCAAGACGGCUCCCGUCAACGUGACCUCGGCCUCGGCCUCAGACCACGACGUCAAGACCUUGAAGUCAGAUGCGGAAUGGCUCAGUCAAAACGCAAAGAUCAACCUCGUCGCUGCGCUGCGCGUCGUCAUCGUCGAGUUCCAGUCCCGCCCAUUCAGGCACCUGAUGGGACCGCUCUCCUCUCAAGACGCCGCAAAUCUACAAGAAGCCGCUGGCCUUCAAAAUGGCCAAGGAGCCUCCUUCUUAUCCGACCUGGGCGCAUCAUCGGCCCUUGACUCGGACGAAAUUGCGGCCGACUUUGAAAGGACCGACUCGAGAAGGCGACGACUUUUCGACACGCUUCUGGCUGAGCGGCGUUCCUUUAUGAUGACAAUGGACUAUUUGCACGCAAUCAAGCUCUACGGUCGGCUACCGGUUUUCGCGUCAACCGACGAAAACUUGGCGCUCCUCUACAAACUCAACGGGCCGGCUCAUGCCCAGGAUGAAACAGCCUCGUUGCUCCCCGCCUACCUGAAAAUCGUCUCUGGCCGCAUGGCCAACAUCGAGGCGGGGUUUAGGUCUUUGACAGACGAAAGUUUGCUUUUGAUCGACGACAUUGAGCUGGAUUGGCUGAGAAGCCUCCUGACCGAGAUCAUUCACGCAUUGUCGGUCGUGUUCCAGAUCGCGGACAGUCUGGGAAGCGACUUUCCCCCCUCGGGCGCCAUCAAUCAGUGGUUCUCUUUGAUGAAUCUCUACAACUUUUUCGACUCGAUCCAGCCCAUCCACCCAACGAUUACUGAGCUCAUUCUCCCUCUCAAGACGCUUUCCUCGGCAGUUUCGAUUAGCCUGCUCAAGCUUGCUCGAUCUCUGACCUUUCUCGCCGAAAGGGAGGACGAUCCGGCGCUCCCCGACGACUCAUACGACUCGUAUUUGCUCUUGUCAGAUGUCUUGGAGCAAAUCCACAAGUGCAUUCUCGACGCGGCCAGCGCGGAUUGCGAAAGUGCCAGCCCAGUCAUUUUCGCCUGGACUCUGCUACUUCAUCGCAUGAACGUGUCCUACCAGAACCGGACGGAGAAGCGAGACAACCUGCUACAGCAAAACGCCAGGGAGAAUUUUGAGCUGGGGGGCGUCAUCCGCCCCACCGUGGCCAGGCGCAACUCGGCCGGGAGCAUCUUUUCCAUCGAGUCGUCCAAGUUCGAUGGCUUCCUCGAAAGCGGAACAACUCCCAAGGAUCUACAGCUGGUGGAGCAACUAGCCGCCGGCGUCACGGCCCACGGGCAAGUCUUUGAUGUCAUUGCCAACAUGGCCACCUCGCUAGGGCCCUCGGCCGAAGGCAGCAUGUCGCCGCUGCUCAGCUCACGCAUCAGGGUUGCCUUUUUAGAGCUCCUGAAGGUCUCUUAUCCCGUGGUUGGAUACCAAUCUGAGACGGUCAGCUCGCUUCUUUCGCUCCUGGCCCCUGGACGAGACUAUUGGGAUAUAUCGGCGGAAAACGCUCUCUCGACCUCCCACGACGUCCUCGCGUGCAUGAUACACGACGACCAUGCCAUGGAGUUCUACUUUCAGCAGUCUCUCGAUCGCUUCCCGUACGAGUUUCUGCCCUUCAUCACGCUGUGCAAGCGACUUUGCACUGCCACCAUGGCCACGGACGACGACAGGUCUGACUUGAUCGUCAGGCUCCUGAGAAAAACGCCUUCCCUGGCAUUUACUCUUCCAAACGCGUUUUCGGGGUACGAGCUCGUCCAAGAAGACGAGAAUACCAACUCCUUCUGCCUGGUGGAAGAAAUUCCCCUGAUAUCAUUGUCCUCAUCGUGGAGCAGGAGGUGUAUCGAAGACGAUGCCUACCGGCUACCAGCUGGGACCUAUGGACGUUUCAUUACAGACACGGGCCGGGUUGUCUUGGUGGAAUAUCCACACUCCACCCUAUCGUUGCUUGGACGGCAGCUCGAGAUCAAUCUCACUAAAGAGGGCUAUCGCUCCGAGUUGGGAAUGCUGCAGCCGAGCGAAGUUGCCCAAGUCAUUUCCUUAUUCUCCACGCUCUUCCGCAUGGAGUAUUUGAGGAUAGCAAAGACGAGCAACGACAGCAUAGCGGCUCACCGCGAGAGCGACCUUUUGCAGGAGGCCAGCAAACACAUCAGCGGCGGCAAAGACCUCGUCUCCAUCGUCUGCGAGACCAUGGACUACUUCAUGCAAGACGAGCCGACAAGGGCUGAAGAUGCUGCCGUCCACAUCCUCACCGCCUGCGUCACGUUUCUGGAUGCCAUGCUUCCCAUACAGCCAAGUCGGGUCUGGUCGUAUUUGGCCCGGAGCGAACUGCUCAGCUCGGAUUCCAGGGCGGGAAAACUGGCCAAAAUCACCGGGACCCUUGAUUUAGUCUCGGAGAGAUUCGACCUCCUCAUGUCGUCGCUUUCCUUCUUCUCAAGGCUUAUAGACACCGCCAUGUGUUCUGCGGUUCAGCGCCGGGCAAGCAACAAACUCGCCUACAGACAGAAACCUGAGUCGAACCCGUGGCUGGGGACCGCCGACAAAGUGCUGACCAGAGUCAGCUUGUCUGUCGCACAGGCCUCUGUCGACGUCCUCGAGAGCACUUCGACCUGGCGCUUCGAUUCGGAGACGAGCCGCUUGCAGCUGAUCAGCAACGUCGUUCCCGUCCUCGACAAGCUCGUUUUGUACAGCUACAGCACGGGCGAAUCGCCGAGCUCCGAGAAUCUCACGUCCAGCCUCAGACCUGCAGCCUCCUACGUGGUCGACUGCUUCAUGGCCCCAUCGACCGGCACGUUACGAUUUGGACCCAUGCUCACGUCUUUCGGCGCUGCGUUAAUGUUGCCCGACGCCACCCUGUAUCGGAAGCGCACCAUGAUUGUUCGAAAUCAGCUCAACUCGGUCGUCAAAUUCUGCACGACGCUGCUCCGGACGGCAGACUAUCUCGCCCGAUCUUCCGCCAUGCUUGAGACGUACCUCUUCAAGAGCUCAACCCUACUGGCCCGGCUUUCGGCGUUGUCGGACCCUGUCCGCUCCCCAGUCAUCCGUCUCCUCGAGUCGCUUGUGGUCAACGCGGCCAAAUCUACCGCUGAGCCGCCGUCGCUGCUCGGCUACCUGGGGCCUCAGAUAUCCAAGUCUUUCUUGCAAUCGCUCUCCAAUCUGGGAAAGCCUUUUGCGCUGACACAUGACGCGAAAAUCACUUGGACAUUCUUCUCGUCAAUCCUGAGAAACCGGCAACAGUGGAUGUCCAACUGUCUCUUAACGGGGCAGACGCCACGAGAGGCCAUGAAGGAGGGCAGCAAGAAGGGCGAGCUGUCGGCCGACUCUGUCUUUGCCUGUGCCCUGGCGAAGCUGAAGGGGCUAAAGGACCUUGACAACGUCGAGGCCCUAGCUAUCCUGGACUUUGUCGCGUCUGCGCAGAACUACUGGCCCUGGACGAUUUUCACACUGUUGAAAGAUACGUCAUACAUUGACGGCUUACGGGCGUACGUACGCGACUUGAAGCCGUCUCACCUGACUGUUAAGUCGGACGCUAUCGGCACCAGCGUCGACGCCAGGGUCGCAGCGUACGUUGCCGAGACUCUGGCGAUGCAGCUGUAUCACUCGCGCCACCAGGGCACGGCUGGCCCGCUCGCCAAGAGUCUCGUGGCAGAUCUCGACUACUAUCUCCGCGAUGGCGUCGAGAUUGCGGGCUACAACAAGUCGCUGCACAACAACUUUGCAAAGAACUUUGCCAACAAAUAUUUCGGAUGCUCCAUCGAGCUCUUCAAACGGACGCCCCUGGAGCACCGGGAGCUCGGCAGUAACUAUUACUAUAACCUUGACCGUGCCAAUGACAUGUUGGGGUUUGAUCCAGGAUGGCUCGGGCGGAGAGACGAUGGCUUCAAGAACGAGAUGGAGCUUGCCAAUGCGAACCUGUCUUUGGUCGAUGCUCAGAUAGCCCUCUUUCAUGCGUGGGAGGUUUUACUGGUCGAGCUCAGUACCUGCCUGCCGUCGGACCAGACAGUUACCAGACAGAUGUUGCAGGUGGUGCACCAGUGUCUAAACGCCAACCAAGGGGCGCCGGGCCCGGAAAGCAUCUUUCUGAAGCUGGUUGACGCGCGGGCGAACCUGGCUCUCAUCUUGGUCCAGCGCCUUGUCAAGUCGUCGAUUGACGUCAAGGAUAUCAACCAUCUUCUGACCACUCUCGUCGCCACGAUCCACGACGCCGAGGAACCAUUUACAAAGCAGUCCGUCACGUACAACCGUACGUUGCUGAAGGCAUUGUUCGUCACGCUUCGCGCCUACCAACUCGUCGACAGCAAAGCGGCCCCCGACUCGUACGCCGACCAGGAAGGGCCGGCGGUGAAUGUUGCGCAAACAAUACUCAAUGUGCUGGAUCACGUCGUCGGCCGAGGCUUCCGGACCCUCGUCAGCCUCAUCCACGACAGGGACACAGAUGUUUUACCCGAGGAUCUUGCUCUGUUGACUGCCAUCAUGCAGGCGUGCCUGAGUCUCCCCACCAUUGACCAGUCGCAGACGCAAGUACUGAACAUUAUGGCUUCACACGACGUCAUGAAUGCCGCGACUUCACUCUUUUCGUGGGCCGACCAACUGUCAAUACAAGGAGACCCCGUGUACGGCGAACUCAGUAUCCUGUUCUUGCUGGAGCUUUCAAGCCUUCCCCUGUUGGCGGAACAACUGGCCUGCGACGGCAUCCUCAGCAACCUGCUGUCGGCCAAUCUGGCCAAGUACAUGCUCAAGGCCAACAUUUCGCCGUAUGCGGAUGCCCCGGUCGCGCAACGAUGCUACUCCAUCUGGGCCAAGGGCCUUUUGCCGCUCAUGCUCAACCUGUUGGCUUCUCUCGGCGCGACGCUCGCACCAGAGAUGGCGUACGUGCUGAAUCAGUUUUCCCACCUGCUGGAGACGAGUGUGGAUCGAUUCGAGCCCCCAGGAGCAAGCCGAACAAGGUCCAAUUCUACGCCGCACUACCUGACCUUGCUGGCGACGUCCGAGAUUCACUCAUUGGCGUUGCUCACGCGCAUCCUCGCAGCUUUACGCGCCAGCAACAGCCGCGACAUCCCCGCCGUCGAGUGGGAUUCAAAUGGGCUGCUGGAAAAUGUCGACUUUUGGCUUUCCAGCAAGAGGCUACUCAAGGAACGGCUGCUACCGUUGGGCUCGCGUGAAAUGGAAUGGAGAAACACAAAAGUGGCGGCCGAUGCGGGAGGACCUGAUAACUUGCUGGAGCAGAAGGCUGUCUCUCAACUCGAGACAGUGCGAGACGUGUUGAGCGACGAGCUCGAAGGCUGA